AUGGUGGAGACGGAGUCAGAGUACGGUGUGGCACAUCAGCAAAUCCUGUCCAACUCAGAAGAGAUCUCCAUGACCAGGGGUCACGCCUUGUCGCUGGCGGACCUCUCGCGGUACAGCACGGCAAUUCGCGAACGUACGUGGUCGGACGAAUACACCCUUUCGAAGUACACGUUAGUGGAGACGGCGUACACUAAGUAUGGCACCUGGAUCGUCAGUUAUCUUAUCAUCGGGUUUGCCCUCCACGCGGAGGGAGGCGUCGUCUCCACGGAGGACCGGACCGGGCGCUUCGCCGAGACCGCGUACGUGUGCGAGGUCCUGGCUCGCGCGAUUGGUCGGCUGUACUGGAACAUCAAGCACUUGGGCUUUGUGGACGGCUUUGCCCAGCGUCUCUAUCAAUUAGUGGAGGGCCUAGAACUGGCAGAGUACCAGACCGAAGUUCAACGCUCGCAAACGCCGCUUCUACAAAACCACGUUUUGGAUCCUGCCCCUGCAGGCUGUGUGCAUUCCGAAGCCGAGUGCCAGGAGUGUGAGCGAUCGGCCACUGGCUUCGGCACGAUCGAGCGCGGCAGCCACAUUGAGUUCAUUGAUGUGCCGCUGAUGCUGCCGAACGGCGAGGUGCUGUGCCCGUCGCUCUCCUUCUACGUGAAGCCCGGGAUGAACCUGCUGAUCAUGGGGCCGAACGGGUGCGGGAAGUCGUCGACGUUCCGCCUGCUCGGCGAGCUGUGGCCGCUGCGCGCUGGGCGGCUGGUGAAGCCGGAGCAGGACCAGAUGUACUACGUGCCGCAGCGGCCGUACAUGUACGACGGGACGCUGUUCGAGCAGGUCAUCUACCCGCUGAAGCGCAAGGACGUGCACGUUGGCGAGGCGGAGCUGUUCGGGUACCUGGAGAUGGCUGGGCUGGGGUACAUCCUGUCGCGACCAAAAGUGUCGUGGGACGCGCGGCUGUCGUGGUCGGGUGACUUCCUGUCGAUGGGCGAGAAGCAGCGGCUUGCGAUGGCGCGACUGUUCUUCCACCGGCCGCGCUUCGCGAUCCUUGACGAGUGCAGUAGCUCGGUCGACCUCGACGUCGAGGAACAGCUGUACAACCAGUGCCGGGAGCUCGGCAUCACCGUCAUCACGAUCGCGCACCGGCGCAGCGUGUGGAAGUACCACAGCCAUCUCCUGCACUUUGACGGGAACGGUGGGUACGCCUUCUCCGCGCUGCGCUUCGAGGACGGUGGCGCGACGCUUGUGCUGCCACGCGUCAUCUCGGCAUCGGACACCGCACUCGUGGGCACCGAGGUUGUCAUUCACGUUCGCAAUGAUGGGAAAGAGAGCGAAAAGGCAGCGGAAGACGACGCGAGCAACUUCGUGCUGCUGCAUGCCUGA